AUGGAUUACCUUGCUCAGCAUACGACGAUACCUGUUCCCAGGGUAUUAGGCCACGGAAAAUGUGCAAUCGGUCCCUAUAUUGUCAUGACGUUCGUUGAAGGAAAUCCAUUAUCUGAAUACCUACGGGACCCAAAGCAAGAAAUGACUUGUCUGAAUCCCCAGAUUCCUAUGUCCCUUUUGAAGAAGGCCUAUUCCGGUAUGGCAGAGAUCAUGCUUGAACUGUCAAAAUUGACCUUUCCUUAUAUUGGCGCGCUAGAGCGGGACGAUGCAGGCACAUGGGGUAUACAGAAGAGACCUCUCACUUUCAACAUGAAUCGACUUACCCAAUUCUCCAAUAUUCCGCCUGGAGUGUUUGCAAAAAAACGCUUCACCAAUGCAGCCGACUAUUUUGAAGAACUCGCAAAACAACAUCUCUACCACCUUUCCGUUUCAACGGAAUGA